UUGACUUACUGCAGAUCUUUUCAGUGUUUUUCAGGCAUGUAAAGAGCUGUUUGGAGGACAGUUCCUGAAGCAAAGUUAAUUGCUGUUAUUUUAAAUAAAAUAGUAUAGAUAUCAGCCUUGCAAAAUUCUUCUUGCCCUAGAAGAGUAAUUUUUUAAUCUAUUGGACAGAUGAAUAAAAUAUAAUGAAAAAAAUAAUUAUCAACAGUUGUCAUGAAAGGGUUAGAGUGUGGUUUUUGUGCCUGGGCUAGAAAAUAUCUAGAUAAUUUUCAACUGCUGAUAUAUUCUAAAGGGAUGUGUCCAGUGUGUGUGUUUUUUAAUAUUAUUACUUAUCAUGUUCUGGGUUUCAGGUCCAUGCAUGGCAGAAUCACCGUGCAAGCAUUCAGUUUUGACCAACAUUUUAAGGCCUAUCAAAAGGAUGAAUUUGUUAAGGCAUUUUUUAAUGAUCCAAAUGUUAGCGCCAAUUUGAAAUUGCUUACAGCUUCUGGACAGUGGACUACUCUAGGUACCAAAGUGAAAAAAACUGAAGCCAUAGUUGUUCCCUGUACACAAGUUUCCAUGUCAUUUUUUGACCGACUGUACUCUGAAGGAGUUGUUAGAGAAACUGGCCAUAUUGUUAAGUGUUAUGAUGACUAUUAUGAUGGCAUUCCCAUCUCAGAUGAGUUAAGAAAGGUUUUGCUUCUGGAAGAUUCUGACCAUUUUGAUUUAUUCAGCCAGUCAAAUCGUGAGGAGUUUCUCUUCUGUCUUUUUAAGCAUCUUUGCCUUGGAGGAACUCUCUGUCAAUUUGAAGAUGUGCUUGGUCCAUACUUAGAAACUACAAAGGCUUUAUAUAAAGAUCUUGUAAGUGUUCAAAAGGAUCCUGAAACAAAGGAAAUAAUUAUUACAUCAAUUAUCUUCAAAGUUUCUGCAUAUGAUGAUAACGGUAUGUGCUAUCCUUCAACCAAAAGCCAUGAACAGACAUUUGCCUACUUCAUUGUGGAUCCUCUGAAACGACAUGUUCAUGUUUUGUACCAUUCUUUUGGGGGGAGCUUAUUUUUUAACUGAUUUAUUCUUAAUCUCCAAUUCUACGUAUUAGCAGUAUAAUGGAAUGGAGGAGCUCGUCUUUUUAUAUGGAAUUAAUUAAAAAUUCCAUAGUUCCAUUCCCUUCAAUGAAAUACACAUUGCCUGCCUAUGCAAAAAUGUGAACUGUGAUAUACAUUUUACGUAGUUUUUGUUGAAUGAUUAAGAAAGGAUGUUUUAUGUUCACAGAUAAAUCAUAAUUUUAUACAAAAAGUUUAAAAAGUCUUUGUUUUUGCUAAAUUGACUUUAACUGUAAGAUUCAGAUCCUGCAAACACUGAUGCUUGUACAUACUUUUACUUAUUUAUAUAGCUGCCUAAGCCCGCCUUGAAGGCAAUGGAACUAAUCAUACAUAAAUCUUUACAGGAGUGGGCCCAUAGUGAGUGCAUCAGACUAUCUGAAUUCUUACAAGGGUCCAUGGAUCUUGCUGUUCCAACCCCCUACAUUUUGUUACCUGUUGUGUUUCAAAAGCCUCAAUAAAUAUAUAAAAACUCUUA